ACUCUUUAAUUUUCAGGCUGAAAACCAAAACCCACCUCCACUUGCCAGUCUCGUUCCAGAAUGCCAAGUACCGUGUCCUCCUGGAUCUUCAGUUCUGCAAGGACCCGCAUUGCUGUGUUACAAGAGGGUAGACGCUUAUACUCAAGGGCCACCUUGAAUAGGAGCCAACCGAAAUGGAGGCUCUCUUCUCUGGCACCCUCGACCGUAAAGAACAGUUCUCCAUGUGGCGGCUUUGCCCUGAGGAAAGCCUACAGGCACACGUCAACGGAGGAAGAGGAUUUCCACCUUCAGCUUAGCCCCGAACAGGUCAAUAACAUGCUUCGAGCCGGCGAGUCAUCCCACAAGGUUCUUGAUUUCAACAAAGGAGUCCCGAGUUCAGUGUUAAGGUUUGAGAGCAACCAGUUGGCUGCCAAUUCCCCGGUGGAGGACCGGCAAGGUGUUGCUUCCUGCGUGCAAACGAACGGCAUGAUGUUCGGUAUUUUUGAUGGGCACGGUGGCCAUGCGUGUGCGCAAGCGGUGAGUGAGAGGCUUUUCUACUACAUGGCAGUGUCCCUGAUGUCCCACCAGACCCUGGAGCAGAUGGAGGAAGCCAUGGAAACCAUGAAGCCUCUGCUGCCCAUCCUCCAGUGGCUCAAGCACCCUGGAGAUAGUAUUUAUAAGGAUGUCACAUCGGUGCAUCUGGACCACCUCCGAGUCUAUUGGCAGGAACUCCUUGACCUGCAUAUGGAAAUGGGUCUGAGCAUUGAAGAGGCGUUGAUGUACUCUUUCCAGAGACUGGAUUCUGACAUCUCUCUGGAAAUUCAGGCUCCCCUGGAAGAUGAGGUGACAAAGAACUUAUCCCUCCAGGUGGCUUUUUCUGGGGCAACAGCCUGCAUGGCCCAUGUCAAUGGAGUUCACCUGCACGUAGCCAAUGCUGGCGACUGCCGGGCUAUCCUGGGCAUCCAGGAAGACAACGGUGUGUGGUCGUGUCUACCUCUUACCUGUGACCACAAUGCCUGGAAUGAGGCUGAGCUGUCCCGGCUGAAGAGAGAGCACCCUGAAUCUGAGGACAGGACGCUCAUCAUAGAUGACAGACUGCUGGGUGUCCUCCUCCCCUGCAGGGCCUUCGGGGACGUCCAGCUAAAAUGGAGUAAAGAGCUGCAGUGUAGCGUCCUCGGGAGGGGCUUUGAUACCGAGGCCCUCAACAUCUACCAGUUCACCCCACCCCACUACUACACGCCACCCUAUCUGACCGCCAAGCCUGAGGUUACCUACCACAGGCUGAGGCCUCAAGAUAAGUUCCUGGUGCUGGCCUCAGAUGGCCUGUGGGACAUGCUGAGCAAUGAGGAGGUGGUGAGGCUCGUGGUGGGGCACCUGUCCAAGGUUGGCCUCCAUAAGCCGGACCUAGACCGAAGACCAGCCAACCUGGGCCUCAUGCAGAGUCUGCUGCUGCAGAGGAAAGCCAGUGGACUCCAUGCAGCCGACCAGAAUGCAGCCACGCAUCUCAUCAGACACGCCAUCGGGAGCAACGAGUACGGGGAGAUGGAACCAGAGCGCCUGGCGGCCAUGCUGACGUUGCCGGAAGAUGUAGCCAGGAUGUACCGGGAUGAUAUCACCGUCAUGGUGGUGUUUUUCAACUCCGAUUCAAUCGCUACAUAUUAUAAGGAGGGUUCAGAGUGAGCCCUGUUGCCGUGGCUAACAUGGAAGGCCCUUUAGGACAUUUGCACUUAAGUGAAAUUCCUAAGUGAGCAAUUAAAACCUUAUUAAAGAAUAGGCAGGUAUGAGUUACUGAGUAAUUGACUAACAAAAGGAGGGAGGGUAAAACCAGCCUUAGUGGGGGGAAAAAGUGAUUUUUGUCCCUGUGUGCACUGGCCAACUGUUGUUCUAUGGUUUAUUUUUUAAUUAAGGAAACCUAGGUUUACAAAGCAAUCUUCAGGGCACUUUUCUAUGUCAUAUUCUAACUCCCCCACGCACCUGUGUGUGUGUGUGUGUA